AUGGAAGGGAAUGCAUUUCUUUUCAGGAUCCCAAAUGCUUCCACCAGAGCUCGUGUUUUAGCUCAGCGUCUAUGGAGCAUUGAAGGACAGACCAUGUUCGUCACGGAUUGGGAGACAGGAGUAGUCCCGAUGAACCCGGAGCUCAAAUCGGCACCCAUCUGGCUGGAGCUGAGAAACGUGCCCCUUCAAUUCUUCAAUGAUGAAGGCCUCGAGCAUAUAGCAAGCUUGGUUGGAGAUCCGAAAUUCCUUCAUCCUUCAACUGCCAAUAAAACCAACUUGGAGGUGGCCAAGAUUUUUAUCAUUAUCGACCCAAGGAAGCCAUUGCCGGAAGUUGUUAAUGUUAAAUUCCAAUCGGGUGAAAUUCGUAGAGUUGAUGUUGCGAGCCCUUGGAUGCCGCAGAUAUGCUCACAUUGCAAAGAGUCAAUUUCUAGUCGCAUAGCUGUGGAUUCAGGGGUACAAGAAGAGGAACACCUUUUCCUGGAGAAGUGCACGAGGCCGAGCUCUAAGCAAAAGGUGAAUCAGAAUCUUCAUUUCCAAAAGAAGCAGGGAGGUGUUCCGAAAGGUCAGUAUGUUGCGGUGACUAAGAAAGCUGAUAAGUCUUCUGUUCCACCUCCGCAGAAGGAUAAGAGUAUUGCAUCGAAUGCUGAUGGAAACUACUAUAACCAGACUCUUAUUGGGGAAUCAAGCGCAAUGGCUCCUGUGAGCAAGAAUCUCUUGUCGGAGAAAUUAAAAGCAAAGGUGACUUCUCCCCCUUGCUCGGAUGCGGAUCCCGAUUCGUCUGAUGUGGAAUCCAGUGACUCACAGGAAGAAGGUGAAUUGAGGGAUAAGGAGGAUGAUUUCAUUGGGGUGCUGUCUAGAAGGAAGCACAGGAACCCUCGGGACAAGGGUCCCAAAAAACACUAA